CUUGGUGAAGGAUAUGAUUGGAUCUUUUAGGUAGCUGAGUGUAGGCUAAUGCCUAGUGGUUUACCCCUUGCCGAAUUCAAGUAGUGACGGUGGCUUAUGUAAGCCAGGUCAAGGGGUAUUAGGUCUCUAAAAAUCAACAAUUCCUCCUGGGCUGAAAACUGAUAGUCACUGACUUGUUCCAGAGAAUACAAAAGUACAUACUUGGGUUUGCGUGGAAGACGAUACUAUCUUUUUACACGACGUUGAAACAUCCGCAAAUAUGACCGCCGCAGUUCAAUCCCCGGUCCUUCCGUUGGUGGAAAAGGAGAAGGAGGCUAACAUAGCAAUUGAGGAGGGAGAUGCAUACUAUUGGUGGCGUACCAGUGGUCAGGACCUCUCCAGAAUGCUUCAAGAGGCCGGCUACCCUGACGAGGCAAAGCGCCAAUUCCUCAAUUUCUUCCGGGAGACCAUCUGCCCAACAUUAGGAGGUAAACCAGAUAGCAAUGCUCUUAGAACCGCCGUCGGCUGGGACGGUAGUCCCUUCGAAUACAGUUUUGAGUUUAAGGAAUCAACUAAGAGCGCCGGCGUGCGCUUCGUAGUUGACCUUACCCAACUUCGCCCGGGAGACAAGACCGCCCCUUUAACCACUAAGACUUCGGAAAAUGUGAUCGAAUCGCUAGCUAAGAGGACUCCCUUGUUCGACGACAACUGGCAUCGCGCCCUUUCGCAAUGGUUCGUUUACUCUCAAGCAUCCGAAAGCGAACAAAAAGCUCUCGUGGCAGCAGCAGGAUACCAAACAAACAUAAUCAUGGGCUUUGAUAUCAACGCUAAGAUCUUAGAUCUAGCCCCGGGAUAUCUUCCCGUAAUGGCUAAGAGUUAUUUCCCUCCGUGCUUCGUAGCUGAGGCCAAAGGCUUCACCCGCUGGCAAGCUCUUAGCCUGGGAAUCCGGCAGAUCCCGGAUAUCGGCUUACAUCCUAACAUUCUGUUAGCCCUCAAGAUGAUCGAGGAUUAUGUUGCAGCCAAGCCUGAGCUCGCGGGUGGAGCGCGUGGCCUGUCAACUGAUUUUGUCAAGGCAGGAAAGGCCCGUCUUAAGAUCUACAUGCGCUACACCGGUGACGACUUCGAGGAGGUAUGGGAUUACUAUACACUAGGUGGAAAAAUUCCUGACCUUGAAAGCGACAAAGAGAUGUUUCGGGACUUGAUGACUCUCUCAAGCCCGUCCACCUACACUGCUGAGGACUGGAAGCACAUUGAAGUAGACCCACGCCGACGCGCUGCUUUUAAGACAAAACCUACUGCUGUGUACUUUUCGCUCUCGCCUGAUAAGCCGUACCCGAUCCCCAAGGUCUACUUUUACCCGGCCCGUGCUGCACCUAAUGACAAGGUGAUUGCGCGUGGAUUGGACGCGUGGCUGACCAAGUACAAAUGGCACGACGGAGGGAAGUCGGUUGAAGAGCGAGUAGAGACGGUCUUCACCCACAGGAAGCUAGAAGAGAACCCCGGCAUCUUCACUUUCAUCGGUCUCGGGAGAAAGGAAGACUCUACCAAGAAGGGUCUGAGCUUGCAGGUGUAUAUGACACCUGAGCUAUACGUGACUCCACGUUUCUAAAUGUACUAGUUUAAAUUGAUAUCGACGGCCCUGUUCAUAGUAGCUCUAGCUUGUAGGAUAAAUUGAUAGCAUUGUUGAAUAUCUUGCCUUAUGACUUAGCUGGUGGACAUGGUUGCAUUUUAUUCGCAGCUUUUGCGACAGCUUUGGUGAUGAGGAAAAGUAGCUUCACCACUGGCUGCAAGCGCUUGUAGGCCUGCUAGGACGUAGACUUGUCUGCUAAGUUUUAGUGGAAAAUCGCUAUAGCUUAAGGAGAUCAGCCACUAAAAAAAGACACCACAUAGCUGGAGUGCAGGUAUGCUUCAUACUAUGGG